AUGGCUGACGCAGGUUUGAUCCAUACCAGUCUCAUCUGGGUGGCCUACGCCAUUGCUGUCGCCCUCUGCCUAGUCAUCUCCAUCAUCACUACCUUUACCUGGCAGACUCCUCGGGAGCGCUCUGCCAUCGUCAGCGUCGUCGCGAUCAUUAGCCUGACCUCAUUGCUCGCGACCGUGCUUCUUCUCCCUGUCGACAUCGCUCUCAUCUCUGCUACGUCAUCCGCGGCUAACGGGGCCAAGAAGGAAUGGGCCACCCCCGAACGCAUUGAUAAUAUUCUCCUCACUCUCAAGAUUGUGUAUUACAGCUUGUAUAGCUUCGACGGGCUUCUUUGCCUCAUCGUGAUACCGUUCACCUACUUUUGGUACGAGGAGUACGACGAGAUCGAGUUCGAGGAGGAAGGCCGAACAUGGACCAGUCGCUUUGUCUCAGCAGCCAAGUACACGCUAUUCUUCGUAGCCCUCGUCGUCGUUCUGUUCCUUCUUGGUUUCUUCGUGCCAGCUGCCGGUGACGAUUCACAGGCGCACUGGGACCUCGAUUACUACAAGAAGCUCAUAUCUCAGAAUCAUGGCGAGAAGGCGCUUACCUUCGCCUUGGGACUUCUGAUCACCAUUGGCACUCUUCUCUACGUCGUGUACACCGGUGCUGGGCUCGCCCUUCUCCCAAUCUCCUGGAUCCGAUCCGCGCCGGCGAUAUCUGCCCCACAGCUUUCAGAGACAACCGCAUCCCAAUUGGAAAUGAACCGCGAGCGACAGCGCCAAAUCGAAAUGCGCAAUGCCGGACGUCAUGAUGAAAUGCCUCGAAAGGACCGCCGUGAGUUGGAUGCUCUCGUUCGCGAGGAACAAACACUUGUACGAAGGGAGCGCCUUGCUGCUGAGGCUCAGGGUGAGGGCCGAAGCGCCGUGUACCGCUUCUGGUUCAAGCUUUGCGCAUUAUUCCGGCCAGUGAAGAUGCUUGGUGGACUUCUGCUCCUGGUGGUCGCGGUCCUCAUCUGGGUAUCUAUGCUCAUCACGGGAAUUGACAAGGCCAAGAACUCGAUCUGCAAGCAACGAUGCGGAUACAUUCUGGGUCAAAUCCACAUCUUCCAGCCACUGAACUGGAUUUUCCUCCAGUCCGCUAAGGUUUUCCCUAUUGACUAUAUUUUAAUGGUGCUUCUCGUCCUCUUUCUCUUUGGCAGCUCUAUUACGGGUGUGGCUACUGUUGGAAUCCGCUUCUUGUGGGUUAAGAUUUUCCAAAUCCGACGUGGUAGGACCGCUCCCCAAGCACUCCUCAUGGCCACAGUGAUGCUCACGCUGCUUGUGCUGGCCAUCAACUACGCUGUUGCCAUGCUUGUAGCACCUCAGUAUGCUACCUUUGGCACGCAGACCUUUUGCUCGAACAAACCCGCAGUUCCCGGACUCCAACCGGACUGCUCGGGUCAUGAAGACAUGAUUUUCCCCUGUUCAGAAGCCCUGAAGGAGAGUCAUGCUAAGGAUGUAUGCACACCGUCUGUGAUGUCUACAUUCCUUAACCGAGUUACCAUUACCUGGCCCUUCUUUGGAAUCGUCGAUUUCUGGGCACAAUUUGGUUUCCUCCUUGUUUUCUUGAUUGUUCUGGUUACUGCAAUAAUUCGAACACCCAAGGUCAACAUGUCCGAGAUUGACGAAGAUGCGGAAGCGGAUGAGGAGGAAAGCCUUUUGGCAACCACAGGAAGACGUUUUGGAGCGACGUGGGAGGAUUUCAGGGGCAAGACGUCAACCAGCAAUGGUGGUGGCACAGGGGGCAGCUCGUCUUCAAAUCGUGCUUAA